GCCACGACAUUAAUGGAGCUCUGGAACCGUCUAACAUCGACACUAGCAUCCUGGAAGAGUACAUCAGCAAGGAGGACUCACCAGAUAUCUGUUUCCCUGACAUCCCUGCUUCAGCCAGCUAUGCACACCCCCAGCCCUCCAGCUCAACCACCAUCAACGCGCCUCUUGCCAGCUCCGUCACCAAUGUGACCAACCCCGCUUCCAGCGGUUCCCUCCACCUUCCUCCCCCCGGCAGCCAGAUCCCAAUCCGGCACGGUCCUCUUCUGGCCAACCCUUGUGGACCCGGCUACGGUGCUCACCUCAACUGCAAUAACAACAAUGGCAUGGUGGUCCCCAAGGGCUACCUUGGUGGCCACUGCCUAAACAACGUGGUCCCUCCAAUCAAAUCAGAGCCCAAGGCCUCCUACGCACCUGGCACUUUACCCGACUCUCCCCCGGAUUCUGGAUCAGAAGCCUACUCCCCUCAGCAGGUGAAUGAUCCUCACCUCCUCCGGACCAUGACCCCCGAAAACAUGUGCCACAUGACUCCCCCUUCUCGCUUGGAGCACCCUCCUCCGCCGCCUCCACCUCCACCGCCCCACCUUCAGGGUCCCCCGCCGCCUCACCCGCACCAGCAGCAGCACACCCCUCACUACCCCGGCCUGCAGCGGGACAUGUACAUGAAGGCCGAGCCCCUGAUGCCACCGUACGGCAUCGGGCAGGGCAUGGCACCGGCCGACCUCCACCAUGCCCAGCAGUCGCAAAUGCUGCACCAGCUACUCCAGCAACACGGAGCAGACCUCCCGGUGCACCCUGCCAAAAAGCGGAAACACUCCGAGUCGCCCCCCAACACCCUCAAUGCACAGAUGCUCAACGGGCUGAUAAAGCAGGAGCCAGGCAUGGGGUCCGUGCCGCUCAACCCUGACAGAGUCCAAACCCCUCCCUGGCACCAGCCAGGACCCCUCUCACCAGGCCUGAUUCAAGAUAACGACAGCUUGAAUGGCUCCUACUUGGAUCCCAACUACCAGUCUAUAAAGGGGCAGCCACAUCAACAGAACAAGUGGGCAACUCUGUACGAUGCCAAUUACAAAGAACUCCCGAUGCUCACGUACCGCGUCGAUGCUGACAAGGGGUUCAACUUCUCAGUGGGUGACGAUGCCUUUGUGUGCCAGAAGAAGAAUCACUUCCAGGUCACGGUCUACAUCGGCAUGCUUGGAGAUCCCAAGUAUGUGAAGACCCCCGAGGGCCUGAAACCCUUAGAGUGCUUCUACCUGAAGCUGCACGGAGUGAAGCUAGAGGCCUUGAACCAGUCGAUCAAUAUUGAGCAGUCGCAGUCCGACCGCAGCAAACGGCCCUUCAACCCCGUCACGGUCAACCUGCCUCCAGAGCAGGUCACCAAAGUCACCGUGGGGCGGCUGCACUUCAGCGAGACCACAGCCAACAACAUGCGGAAGAAAGGCAAACCCAACCCAGACCAGAGGUAUUUCAUGCUGGUGGUAGCCUUGCAGGCACACGCGCAGAACCAGAACUACACGCUCGCAGCCCACAUCUCCGAGCGCAUCAUUGUCAGAGCCUCCAACCCUGGCCAGUUUGAGAGCGACAGCGAUGUCCUCUGGCAGCGGGCACAGCUCCCUGAUACUGUUUUUCACCACGGCCGGGUUGGCAUCAACACGGACCGCCCCGAUGAAGCCCUCGUGGUCCAUGGCAAUGUGAAGGUCAUGGGUUCGCUGAUGCACCCUUCAGAUGUCCGAGUGAAGGAGGACAUCCAGGAGGUGGACACCACAGAGCAGCUGAAGAGGAUCUCCCGUAUGCGGCUAGUACACUACAACUACAAGCCCGAAUUUGCGGCCACGGUGGGCAUUGACAACACCUCUGAGACAGGCGUCAUUGCUCAAGAGGUAAAGGAGAUCCUCCCCGAAGCUGUGAAGGACACUGGGGACCUGGUUUUUUCCAAUGGGAAGACCCUUGAGAACUUCCUGGUGGUGAACAAGGAACGCAUCUUCAUGGAGAACGUGGGAGCCGUGAAGGAGCUGUGCAAACUGACAGACAACCUGGAGACCCGCAUCGAUGAGCUGGAGAGGUGGAGUCACAAGCUGGCCAAGCUCAAGCGGCUGGACAGCAUGAAGUCAACCGUGAGCUCUGGGGCGUUCAGCCAAACAGGAAGCCAGUUCAGCCGCGCGGGAAGCGUGCCCCACAAAAAGAGGCCCCACAAAGUAGCCAGCAAGUCACCGUCGGUUGUCCCGGAACAGGCCUGCAUCAGCCAGCGCUUCCUGCAGGGCACCAUCAUUGCCCUGGUCAUCAUCAUGGCAUUCAGUGUGGUGUCCAUGUCCACGCUCUACGUGCUGAGCUUGCGCAGUGAAGAGGACCUUGUGGAUAUCGAUGGGUCAAGCCAGAACUUUGAUAAAACGCAGAUGGUGCGAUCCACAGCUGCGUCGGACGGAGCCAGUGGCGGGACCCCCGCGCACCACGUCACAGAGGACACGCAUGACUUAGUCUUGGGCUCACCAGGUCACAGCGUGCUAGCCUGCUUCAGCCCACCGUGUUUCUCCACGUGCUGUUCUGCUGCUCCCACCAACGUCUCCUCGGUCGCCCUCUCUGAGACCAGCCCCACUCAUGCUGCUAACCGGACAGACCAAAGUCAGACCUCACUCCUGCCAGUGACAAAUAUCAAAGCCAAAUCCAGGGGCAUCACUGGGAAAGCGACCUCCUACACCAAGUGGCCAAAGACACCUGACAGGUCUCAGAGCUUCGGCAGCCCCAAUGCCAGCCCCUCCUCCCCCUUCACCCACAUCCAGGGCAAAUCCAAGUACAUCUCCAACCUCUCGCUCUCCCGCAGCAACUCCCCGCUGGGGCAAGCCCGGCAGCAGCGCAGCGUCAAGCAGCCGGUGAGCGAGCGGCCCCGCACGGAGGAUCCCGACACGGAUGGGCCAAGCCCAGCGCUGUAUUCCAUCCGGAUCGUGGAGAUCAAUAUGGCCAUCCAGUCCCAGUACUGCGCGGCCGCCGACGCGUGCAGGACUGGAAACUUCACCUACCGCAUCCCCGUCAACCAGCUCACAGCAGUUAACACCAACCUGACCCUGGAGAUGAACUCCUCCUCCGCUGUGUCCAUCUCCCUUUGUGGCCUUGUCUCCAGCGACCCUUGCCAGGAUGCCGCGAGCACGAACAGCUCCACCGACGCCACAGACGCGCAGGAAACAACGCACCGUUGGCCUCUGGUGAUGAUGUCUUUCCAGGAGUUUACCUACCACUUCAGAGUAGCACAGCCAGGCCGAGCCAACUGCAGCACUGCUCCCGAGCAGAUGGGACACCUUUUCACUGACUAUUAUUUUCAGUUUUACUGGCUCUGUGAGUGAGUCCUGGCAGCACCAGUGCCCUCUGGUUGGAGAGAGGAGGUGGACUGGUGACACUGGGGAGACUCCUGUACACCUUCCUCCGCUUUUUUUUCCCAGCCCCACCUUACCCCCGUCUCCGGCGUGGGGCUGGUUUGGUUGUGGCUGGUGACGCAGGCACUGAAGCCCAGCACACGCAGAACAUCGGACCUAAGCCGCAGGAACACGACCAGCCCUGUGGUACCUCCUGGCUUCAC